CCGGCGUGGGUGGGGCUUCCUCCAUCCCAUGGUGCUCCGCGGCGCGGCCUCCUCUUUUUCCGGUCGUGGGUUCACUCUUCCGGUCGCUGGCAGCCGGGACGCAGAGGGCGGGCGGUCGAAGCGGUCGCCGUGGAGCGGUGGCGGAAUGUUGGCUACCAGGGUAUUUAGCCUAAUCAGCAAGCGAGCCAUUUCCACCUCGGUGUGUGCUCGAGCCCAUGGGAGUGUGGUGAAGAGUGAAGACUACGCUCUCCCCAGCUAUGUCGAUCGGCGUGACUACCCCCUGCCUGACGUGGCCCAUGUCCAGCAGCUGUCUGCCAGCCAGAAGGCCCUGAAGGAGAAGGAGAAGGCCUCCUGGAGCAGCCUGACCAGGGAUGAGAAAGUCGAGUUGUAUCGCAUUCGGUUCAACGAGAGCUUUGCAGAGAUGAACAGGAGCACCAAUGAGUGGAAGACAGUUGUGGGCGCCGCCAUGUUCUUCAUCGGCUUCACUGGCCUCAUUCUGAUCUGGGAGAAGCGCCACGUGUACGGCCCCAUCCCGCACACCUUCGACGAGGAGUGGGUGGCCAUGCAGACCAAGAGGAUGCUGGACAUGAAGGCCAGCCCCAUCCAGGGCUUCUCUGCCAAGUGGGACUACGACAAGAACGAGUGGAAGAAGUGAGGGUUGAGUGCCCAUGACACCUCCUGCAGCAGCACAGCCGCUGGAAGCUGCGAGCCCCCUGCUCCGAGGCUGCUAAUAAAUGAUUUGUUUACUUGA